CAAUGAUUUAGCGACCUUUUAGCGACUUUUCAAGGUGGAGCUGGUGACGUAGAAUAUUUACAUUUGGCAAAACUGCCCACCACCACCACCACCACCGCCAGUGACAGGUGACCACUUUAUCACCAGACACAAGACCUACGAACACGCUCACCGCUCCACCUCCACCAGCUCUACCAGCUCCACCUGCUCAGUGAACAGUUGCCUGAAGUGGUGUCAGGGGCCUAACGCCAUCUACUACCAGGAAGCGGCGGAACUGGCUGUGGGUUACCACUGCUCCUGCCGGCACAGCAUGGGCGGGCAGCAUUGUCACGGUAGUGGUGGGCAGCGUGGCGCGACCAAGCCCUGAGGCGAAGGCCAUGUCGGCAGGGCAGGAGGUGCUAGUGGUGGUGUUCAGCACCGCUAUGCCCGUGCUGGUGUUGGAAUUGGUGUUGGUGAUCGUGUGCAUGAAGCGGAAACGCGUACGUGACUGCCCGCGUCGGGAUGAGGAGGCGCGGCGUCAGAACGAGCAGAACAUGGUGCACAACGCUGUGGGCGCCGUCAACAGUGUCUGGACCACCACAUGAUCUACUCCCUAAACUUCCCCAUCAAGAAACCCUUCAACACCGUGCCACCGCCUCCCCCCCUUGCAUCACCCACACGACACCCACCUCCACCACCAUCACCUCAACGAUCACGACUACAAGAAUCCCGCGAAGAACGCAUACUCCGCAGUGCCCAUGCGCAGCAGCAGGACUCAACAAGGAUGUGUCGCUGCUCUCGCUGGCUGACCGCCUUGAGAAGGACAUUGAGGCACCGCCCAGCCCCGCGUCACGCCCACCUAGGACUCCAGCGCCCCAUGCAAGGUGUUCCGGAAUUCCUUCCUGCCGCGCACAUACAGCCACAGGCUUGAAAUCAAGCGACCGCCGGCAGAGAGGAGCCUUCUCCUGGACUUUUGACGAGUACCUUGUUGAAGCACAGAACAUAGACAGCGUUGGAAAUUGGACUAGUACAGUUUGACCAGGGUCCAACAUUGCACCAGGAUGAAGUGAUACACGUGUGUAGAGGUGCCAGGAGGACGGACUCUUGGAACAAGCCUUCCGACAACAGUCAUCAGCCAUCAGCCAUCAGGCAAGCGUGGCGGAACCACUCUGUUGAUUUCCAGCAGCAAAACGUGCGGGAAACACACCACCGAGUAGCUUUCACACGGCUGACAGUGUCCACUCACUCUCUGGCGGUAGAAGUAGUCGGUGGAGGGGGGAGGGUAGGCGAGGACGCAGCCGCUUGCACCUGGAGGAACGUGUGUGUGUGUGUGUGUGUGUGUGUGUGUGUGUGUGUGUGUGUGUGUGUGUGUGUGUGUGUGUGUGUGUGUG